AUGGCUAACGUCGUCUCCUCUUUCCCUCUCCUUCGUCUACCCGAGAAGGCUUUAACGAAGACCUUACAAUGCAUGAUUCCAAUCGAUCGAUUUGGAAUCUCAUGGUGUUCCAAACGGACUAAACAAAUUAUAGUAGACAUGAAGAUGAAAGCAUGUUCAUUGAGAGUGGACAUUACACGUUUCAUCCUUAUAACUUGUUAUUUCCGAGAUGAUAACAAGAUAGAACUUUCGAUUAUACCGGAAAGCAUACCAAGACAUUUUGUUGGACUGCCUAUAAAAGUGAGAGUCAGCGAGGGAAAUUGUGGACUAGUGGAUUUUGUUGAGUAUAGUUCUAGAAAUGAAGAUGAAGAGAGCGAACGGUCAGCAGGCUCUGAUUUUGACGACGACGAAGAUGAAUUUGAUGAGUGGGAUGAUGAUGAUGAUAAUGAAGAUGACAAUGAUGUGAACGACAGUGAGGAUGAGCGAGAAAGUGAGACAGGUGUUAGUGAUCAAGAUUCGGAGGACACUAGUGAAUCUUCUUCUUCUUCUUCUUCUUCUGAUUCAGAGGAUUAUUCAGAUGAAGAAGACGAAGUUAGACCAGUUCACUGGUAUUUAAGGGCAGACGACGUCAGGACUGUUAUUGCUCAUUGCCUUGAAGUAUACCACAAAUCGCAACUGAGCUUUGUGUCGUUUUUGGACAGAGCAGAUAUGUUUCCCAUUGAUUAUCUGCGUCAAACGUUUACCGGAUUCAAUGCCGUAGACCAUUCAAUUCUUAUGGACAGGGCAGAGGAUCCUCAGUUUGCACAUCAAGUUGUGCGCCUCGCUUUACCAGCCAAAAAGUUUAACGCGUCUGCAUUCAUCUUUGAAAAUACGGAGUCUCUUCAUAAAGUUCUCAUACAAAAUUAUGACUUCAUUUCGUUACAAGAACCACUCAUCCGGAAUCAGAGAUUGAUAGUCGAUGACCUAGUGAUGACCAACUCUGCAAACAUCGAAAUCGAGGAUGCUUUAAUUUCGGACAAGGACUUGAAUAGGUUUAUAAAACACUGGAUCCGGGGUUCCAAUUCACGGAUGAAAUACAUACUAUUGACAAGACGUGGAGAUGUUGGUUUCAAUAAAGACACGAUUUUCAAAGGAAUCGCUCAUCAAGAAUUCGAGGAAGGAGUUGUGAGAGAGGUGAAAGUGACUUGCUUUUUGGGAUUCAGAACUAUCAUAGUCCCAUCGGGAUUCAACUUCACUCGCAACGAUCACACGGAAGCAACGAUUCGAAUUAAGAAUAGGCGAGGACGUGCUGCGCUGGAAUUUAUUCCAUAUCCUGCACACCUGCUUUCUGCUGCUGGGAAAAAAAGAUUAGCUCUACUGGUACCAGAGGACAAGACACUCCUCGACAACCAUCAUCCAUUCAUUGUACUCUCCCCCACAAUGGCUAACGUCGUCUCCUCUUUCCCUCUCCUUCGUCUACCCGAGAAGGCUUUAACGAAAACCUUACAAUGCAUGACUGCAAUCGAUCGAUUUGGCAUCUCAUGGUGUUCCGAACGGACUAAGCAAAUUAUAGUAGACAUGAAAUUGAAAACAUGUUCAUUGAGAGUGAACAUUACAAGUUGCAUUUUGAUAACUUGUUAUUUCCGAGAUGAUAACAAGAUAAAAAUUACGAUUUGGCCCGAAAACAUACCAAGACAUUUUGUCGGACUCCCUAUGAAAGUGAGAGUCGGCGAGCGAAAUAAUGGACUAGGGGAUUUUGUUGAGUAUAUAUCUAGAGAUGAAGAUGAAGAGAGCGAACAGUAUGCUGGCUCUGAUUUUGACGACGACGAAGAUGAAUUUGAUGAGUGGGAUGAUGAUGAUGAUAAUGAAGAUGACAAUGAUGUAAACGACAGUGAGGAUGAGCGAGAAAGUGAGACAAGUGAUAGUGAUGGAGAUUCGGAGGACACUAGUGAAUCUUCUUCUUUUGAAUCAGAGGAUGAUUCAGAGGAUUAUUCGGACGAAGAAGAAAAAGUUAGACCAGUACACUGGUAUUUAAGAGCAGACGACGUCAGGACUGUUAUCAAUCAUUGUCUUGAAAUAUACCCUAAAUCGCAACUGAGCUUUGUGUCGUUUUUGAGACAAGCGGAUAUGUUUCAAAUUGAUUAUCUGCGUCAAACACUUAACGGAUUCAAUACUGUAGGCCUUUCAAUUUCUAUGAACAGGGCAGAGGAUCCUCAGUUUGCACAUCAAGUUGUGCGCCUCGAUAUACCAGCCAAAAAGUUGAACGCUGCUGCAUUCAUUUUCGAAAAUACGGAGUCUCUUCAUAAAGUUCUCAUCCAAAACUAUGACUCCAUCUCGUUACAAGAGCCACUCAUUCGGAAUCAGAGAUUGAAAGUUGACGACCUACUGAUGACCAACGCUUCACGCAUUGAAAUUGAGAAUGAUUCAAUUUCGGACAAGGAGUUGAAUAGGUUUAUAAAGCACUGGAUCCGAGGUUCCAAUUCACGGCUGAAGUACAUGUUAUUGAGUAGACGUGGAAUUGUUGGAUUCAAUAAAGACACGAUUUUCAAAGGAAUCGCUCAUCAAGAAUUCGAGGAAGGAGUUGUGAGAGAGGUGAAUGUGACUUGCUUUUUGGGAUUCAGAGUUGUCCAAAUCCCGUCGGGAUUUAACUUCAGCCGACAUGACCACACGAAAGCAACAAUUCGAAUGAAAAAUAGACAAGAACGUGCAGCGCUUGAAUUUGUUGUUUGGGAUUAA